ACGUCUGCGUCCGCUUCAACGCCAUCACCCAGUGCCAAACCGGCUCGUAUUCUCUUCCUAGAAGCCACCCGCAAUCAGGAAACCAGAGGUGGAGCCGACUACCUCGAGAUGCAGAGCGACGUAUAUGAUGAGAUUUUUGAGAUCAUCUUCGGCGUUGAAUGCAAUGACACGCACCCUCACGAACAUGACGAGUCAGAGCACACGCACACCCUACAAGAGAGAGUUGUCCAUCUUCAACGCCAUCUCCCUCCCCUCUCUGAUGUCUUUGGAAAGCGUGGGUCUUACGACCCUCACUCCUACUUCCUCCAGUGGCAGAAUUUCCUCUCGCGCCAGCCACUCCAGCCGCUCUCCUUCGCAAAGACACAGGCUACACUCUCCCAGGAGUCAGUCACUAUCACGCGACAGUGGGAUAUCGACAGUAUCUGGUUCGGGGCCAACGAUCUCGGCGCGAUUCAACCACCCAAUGACUUCCGGCUCUCCUUCCUGCCCCCAUUCACCCUAAACCUGUCUACAGACCAGGUGAUCCAGCCCCAUGGACUCGAUCUGGCGAAGACGCGCCACAUUCCAUUUGGAUCAUUCAACACCCCGAGCGUCCGUUUUAACGUCUUUCUCUUCUUCCCCGAGUCUGCCCGGACGCCUCGCUCGAGAACGUCUGCGUCCUCGAAUGCCCUCUCCCUAGACCGGCAGAAGGACCUCUACGACAAUAUCAUCCUCCCUGCUGCGUAUGAAACCAUCCCCGACCCUUUUCGUCAAGAGAUUCCCCGGACAUUUGACGCCGUUUAUACAAAGUCUCGUUCAUACCAGGAGAGGCCAGCUAUGGGACGGUGGAAGGUGGGUGACGAGAAUCGAUCGUUCAGUCUGGCAUAUACUCUUCCUGCACGAGCUCUCUCACGUUUCUGGCGCUCCGUCGUGGACAAGGCAAACCAGUUCCACAUCACAACCCAACGCGGGGAGGCUGUCGCAUACUUCCGAGAUCCACGAUUGCUCUUCCAGGCACACGACGUGAAAAACACCUUCGCCCGGCCAAGUCUACAAGAGACAAUCGAUCAUUUCGAAAAGACGGUCCUCGUUGCUCUCAACCCAAAACACCUAGAUAUCCACUCGUGUUGGCUCGAUAUCGGAACCCGGGAUUAUGUUGUUUCCCCCCGAGAAGGCGAACCUUGCACAAUCCUCUGGAAGAGCCAGUGUAACCGCCACCUCCAGCAACAACUCCAGGAAAUCACUUCCGAGGAGACCUUAGAGGCGGCAUACUUUCGAUCCUUCCUCCUCCGUGAUAUCGGGAAUAUAACUCUGAAGGCGAAGCCCGCACGACGUCCAAAUCUGGGCCAUCCAGAUUCUCGGCAGCCCGGGAUCCCUCGCUUCAAGGCAUACAGCUGCAACAAAGAACUCUUCUCCGUCAUGUUUAGCAGUUAUAGGCUCUUUCACUCGGAGUCCUUUCCACUCCUUGCGCUGAGCGAUGGGAUGAUCCAAGACCUCGCCUCGAUGAGCAAGGAUCGUCAGCGGGCAUACGUGACUCAACUCAAUCGAGCAUCCCUCCUUCACGCGUGGGAAGCGAACAAGCGACACGUGAGAGCAGUCUCGGACCCGAAAGUUCUGACGAACUAUGGGAUUCGGAAGGAGGGCACAUUCCGCCUCGAUGUCAUCCUGACGAUGUUGCACCGCGGCAUCUUUGACCCCGAACGGAGCCUAGCGAUGAUGACUCGCGCCUUUUUGCUUCAAAAAGGGGACCCCUGCACGGCUCGGGAGGUACCUGCGGGCGCGAAACAGGCGGGGGAAAUGACCUGA